AUGUUGAGAGUACACCAGACAUAUAUCAGAACAGAAACAUUCGCAGGUGGCUCAUCCCAUUUCUUACUCGGUGUGAAAAAUGGAAAACCUGGAAGUGCAAAGAAACUGCUGCAUGAUUAUAUUGUAACUACUGCAAAAGAGGAUCUUGGCCUUCCUUUGAAGAUUUUACAGCAUUCACGACCAGAUCAACAAGCUCCAAUUAUAUCAUCUCCUGAAGAAAUGAUGACAAUUGCAUUGGAAUGUGUGUAUACUUGUGAAAAAGAAAACCAACUUAUGCGAGCUUUUGCCAUUUUUGAAUGUCUUCCAGUGAGGGAAUCAGGGAAGGGCACAUCAGAGAAUCUAACCAAGUUACAUGAUUUAGCAGAUGCAAUGGAAGCCCACUUAACAGCUGCUGAGCUUCUCAGCAACUAUGGAGUCUGUGUCACCCCCUGUCAACUCAGACAAUUACAAUCUGAUAGGGAUAAAGUACGAGAAAUACUAACAAAGUUAACCAGAGCAGCUUGCAAGAAGAGAACCAAGGUUGACCUGACAGUGAUUGGCGAAAAGCUGCUUUAUGAUAUGCUAGAGUUACCAGCAAAAAGUCUUCACAUGUGUAGAACCUCUAGUAUGUUUUGA